CUCCGAGCGGAGGACGCAGCCUGCGCCGCCGCUCCGGCUCUGCUACUGUUGCCUCCGAGUCCGCCGGGUCUCCUCCCUGGGAGCGCCGGAGUGGCCUCCCGGCUCUGUGCUCCGCCGUGGUGGACGGUGCUGCCGGCCGCCGGCCCGCUCGGAAGCUGCGCGCUGCGUGCCGCGGCCGCAGUCCUGGCUGGUGUUGAGUAAACAGAGACCGAGCGAACCCGGAGAGUGCGACUUCUGGCGCGGCGCGGCGCGGCGAACCCCGGCUAGAGGCGAGCGGAGGGAGGAUGGCAGCCUCCGGGGUGGAGAAGAGCAGUAAGAAGAAGACCGAGAAGAAACUUGCUGCUCGCGAAGAAGCCAAAUUGUUGGCAGGGUUUAUGGGCGUCAUGAACAACAUGCGGAAACAGUGCCUCUCUGCUAUACCACCCUGCCUUGGAGCCAGCCAACUGAAACCUCUACAAACUAAAACAUUGUGUGAUGUGAUCCUCAUGGUCCAGGAGAGAAAAAUACCUGCUCAUCGUGUUGUCCUUGCUGCGGCCAGUCAUUUUUUUAACUUAAUGUUCACAACUAACAUGCUUGAAUCAAAGUCCUUUGAAGUAGAACUCAAAGACGCUGAACCUGAUAUUAUUGAACAGCUUGUGGAAUUUGCUUACACUGCUAGAAUUUCUGUGAAUAGCAACAAUGUUCAGUCUUUGUUAGAUGCAGCAAACCAGUAUCAGAUUGAACCUGUGAAGAAAAUGUGUGUUGAUUUUUUGAAAGAACAAGUUGAUGCUUCCAAUUGUCUUGGUAUAAGUGUGCUUGCAGAGUGUCUGGAUUGUCCUGAAUUGAAAGCAACAGCAGAUGACUUUAUCCAUCAGCAUUUUACUGAAGUUUACAAAACCGAUGAAUUUCUACAACUUGAUGUCAAGCGAGUAACACAUCUUCUUAACCAGGACACUCUGACUGUGAGAGCUGAGGAUCAGGUUUAUGAUGCUGCAGUCAGGUGGUUGAAAUACGAUGAACCUAAUCGCCAGCCAUUUAUGGUUGAUAUCCUUGCUAAAGUCAGGUUUCCACUUAUAUCAAAGAAUUUCUUAAGUAAAACGGUACAAGCUGAACCACUUAUUCAAGACAAUCCUGAAUGCCUUAAGAUGGUGAUAAGUGGAAUGAGGUACCAUCUGCUAUCUCCAGAGGACAGAGAAGAACUCGUAGAUGGCACGAGGCCUAGAAGAAAGAAACACGAUUACCGCAUAGCCCUAUUUGGAGGUUCCCAGCCUCAGUCUUGUAGAUAUUUUAACCCAAAGGAUUAUAGCUGGACAGAUAUCCGCUGCCCCUUUGAAAAGCGAAGAGAUGCAGCGUGUGUGUUUUGGGACAACGUAGUGUACAUUUUGGGUGGCUCUCAGCUGUUCCCCAUAAAACGGAUGGACUGCUACAAUGUCGUGAAGGACAGCUGGUACUCCAAACUGGGCCCUCCAACACCUCGGGACAGCCUUGCUGCCUGUGCUGCGGAGGGCAAAAUUUAUACAUCUGGAGGCUCAGAAGUAGGGAACUCUGCUCUGUAUUUGUUUGAGUGCUAUGACACAAGAACAGAAAGCUGGCACACAAAGCCCAGCAUGCUGACUCAGCGCUGCAGCCACGGGAUGGUAGAAGCCAAUGGCCUGAUCUAUGUUUGUGGUGGGAGCUUAGGGAACAAUGUUUCCGGGAGAGUGCUUAACUCCUGUGAAGUUUAUGAUCCUGCCACAGAAACAUGGACUGAGCUCUGUCCAAUGAUUGAAGCCAGGAAAAAUCACGGGCUAGUAUUUGUAAAAGACAAGAUAUUUGCUGUGGGUGGUCAGAAUGGCUUAGGUGGUCUAGACAAUGUGGAAUAUUAUGAUAUUAAAUUAAAUGAAUGGAAGAUGGUGUCACCAAUGCCAUGGAAGGGCGUGACAGUGAAGUGUGCAGCAGUUGGCUCUGUGGUUUAUGUCUUGGCUGGUUUUCAAGGUGUAGGCCGAUUAGGACACAUCCUCGAAUAUAAUACUGAAACAGACAAAUGGGUGGCCAAUUCCAAAGUUCGUGCUUUCCCGGUCACAAGCUGUUUGAUUUGUGUUGUUGAUACUUGUGGAGCAAAUGAAGAGACCCUUGAAACAUGAAAAAUGAAUGGACUUCAAGAUUCAUCAAGACUACAAAAUAUGGCCACCAGAGCUUUGUUCCAAGAGUUUAGUUUACAAAGUUCUGCUUUAUUACUUUGGUGAAGGAAAUUUCAAGUGAGUGAAGUAAGAUCCCUAUAAAAUAACCCUUCUCUCCUCCCUACUGGAGAUUGAACCCAGGAGUGUUCUACUACUGAUGUAUAUCUCCAGCUCUUUUAUCUUGAGACAGGGUCUCUUUGCAUUGCCCAGACUACCCUCCAAUUUGGAAUCCUCCUGCGUCAGCCUCCUAAGUAGCUGCGGUACAGGUGUGCACUACCACACCUGGCUAAAUAUUUCUUUUAUAUGGAUUUCCUUAACUCUUAGAGCAUCUUUUAGCUUUCUACAUGUAAUCAGGAGCAUAUCUACCAAGAAAAUUUGAGAAAUUAUAAGCAUUUCAUGGGAAUAUUAAUUUCCUGAAUGAAUUUUACAUUCAUAAUUAAUUAUGGCAGAGUGGGGGAUGCUCAUCAUUGAAGCAACCUCAUCAUAACUCUAGAUUCUAUUUUCAUAUAUCAUGUAAGUACUGUGUAGCUGGGUCUGUUUGUUCCUGUUUGGUCCACAACUAAGAAACAUGGUAGUAUGAAUUAUAAGUCAAGAUAGGCUGCUCUGAUGGAGCACUUUUCUGUCACAUAAUUUUACUUGUCUUGAUUUGUUUCAUUUACUGCCAGAUAUAUUCCUUUCGAAGAAAGUAUAACAGAGUAACGGGGUAUACACAUACUUUCCUACAAAACUUCAUAAACAGGGUCAGGGAUAUAGCUCAUUGGCACAAGCACCUGCCUGGCAAACUCAAGGUCCUGAGUUUGAUUCCUGGUACCAAAAAAAAUUUUCAUAAACAGAUUUUGAGAUUUAAUAAUGUGUCCAACUCCUCAUAAAACAUAUUUAAUUCAACUCAAUAUAUUCCAUCUUUUUAACAUAAGAUGUUAACCUUUGUGCCUGUCAUUAAGUUUUGUUUUUACCCAGUGGUUUAAAAAGUAUUCUAUAUCUUCAAUCACACUGUUAAAUAAAAUUCAGACAUAAUAAGAGUGAUUAGCCAAAGACAAAUCUAUUUAAGACAAACUUCUAGAUUAGAAAAACAGUGACCAGUUUAUCACAGUAUCAGUGUUGACUUUGAACUUCUUAUCAGUUACAAAGAUACAUGUAUAAGAUUCUUUUCCUGUAGUGGAACACAUCAAGAUAUUUAAUGCAGUUGGCUGUAACAAUUUUGUAAUAAUUUAAGUAUGUGUCAUCAUGUAUUCAUUGCUUUUAUGUGGUCUAUGAAUUAUUUGGCAACCCAACUACAAUUUCUUGCCCAGUGAUGUUCUACACUUUACAUUAUGUAUGAAAUGAGCCAUGUAAAACUGUCAUAAUCGUUUUUAUCUGAUAAUAUUAAAUAUUUUUUACUUAGAA